CAUACAACAUAAGUAUAGUCAGUCGUUUGCUCGCAGGCAGGCGCGCGAGCGAGUCUUUGUAGUUUGUACAGUCCCCCCCGCGCUUAUCAUCUUUCAUAUACGCAAUACGCAUCCAGUGAUUUUUGGGCAAGGAUUUCGGCGUGAAACCGAGAAGACGAUGUGCCUCAGCUGAUACGAUAUAAUGCGGUUGUCUUGUCGCCGUCGCCGUAGCAGAGAAAUAAUCAACAGUUCCAGAGUGAGGUUAUGUGGGUUUUCGCUCGCGGAGGAAUGUAAACACGACGUCCGCUGAUUCCAUCAUCAGACACGACGUCGCGAACUGGGCAGCUGGUGAGAAUCGGAGCGGAUUUUUUCCUGGCGGCGAGGACGACAAGAGUCGUCGGUACCAGCCGCAAACAUGGUCUUCGAAUCGAUCGUCACCGAGCUCCUGAACAAGGUCCUCGGCGAGUACAUACAGAAUUUGGAUUACAAGCAGCUCAAGCUCAGCUUGUGGGGAGGAGAUGUAGUCCUCAAGGAUUUAAUGAUAAAGGAGAGUGCAUUGGAUAUGCUAGAUCUACCUAUUAAGCUUGAAUAUGGUCGAUUAGGCAAAUUGGUGCUCAAGAUCCCUUUCAAGGACAUGUGGAACGGCCAGAUCGACGCCAUAGUCGAAGAGCUUUUUGUCCUGGUCGUUCCUACUAGUCAGGUGAAGUACGAUGCAGAGAAGGAGGCAAAGGCACAGCUUGAGGCUAAGCAUGCAGAGAUUGCUAGAGUGGAGAAAAACAAACAACUGGCUGACAUGAAAAACCAAGAAAAGGUUGAUGAUUCAAUGAUGGAAAAGCUCAUUGCACGAAUGAUCAAGAACAUACAUGUGGAAAUCAACAGAAUCCAUGUGAGAUAUGAGGAUCAUGUUAGCUUCAAGGACCACCCCUUUUCUGUUGGUUUCACUCUCAACCGAUUUGCACUGGAGAGUUGUGAUAAUACCUGGUCAUCAACUGGUAACUUGAAAGACAUGUAUGCCAUUCAACAAAUUUUCAAGCUAUGCACAAUGGAUGGUUUUGCUGUGUACUUGAAUCCAUCACCAAAGCAAUUUAGCAUAGAGCCCAAAGACAUGUACUUGAAAAUAUUUGCUGAAAGCAUUGCUACUGCUGAUUUUGUACCUGAAGAUUAUCAAUACUUACUGGGUCCAAUAAAUGUAAAGGCCAAGUUAAAGCUUAAUCCCAAGCCGGAAACUGACGGCAGUAAUUACACGAUACCAAAAGUUUUCCUGGACUUGGAAAUGCAGAAACUGCGAGUUGGACUGUCCAAGAAGCAAUAUCAGACUCUUAUGCAAAUGGGCGAAGGUCUGGAACAGGCUCGUAAUGCUGCCCCAUACAGAAAAUAUCGGCCCAAUUUGACGUCCUAUCGCGGACACUAUAAAGAAUGGUGGCGUUUCGCGUACACAUGCGUUCUAGAGGAACAGGUAAGACGGGCGCAGAAUAAUUGGGACUGGAAUCAUAUGAGAUGCCAUAGGGAUACGUGCCGAAGUUACGCUAAGGCCUAUCAAACCAAGCUUACUACCAAGAAACCUUCGCUCGAUUUGGAGAAGCAGCUAACGGAGCACGAACAGAAGUUGGAUAUCUUUAAUCUCAUCAUCAUUCGUCAACAAAUUGAAAUGGAGGUUGAAAGAUUGGCAGAAAAAGAGAAGGAUUUCAAGGCAAAACAGGGUUGGUUCGGCUUCUUGUGGGGAACGCCGCGACAAGAGGAGGUUCAGGAAAUGAAUACAGCUGCAGCUAUCAUGAAAAAGUUUGAAGAGGCAAUGACGCCACAAGAGAAGGAAAAACUUUACAGAGCUAUAGACUACCAAGAGAAUAGCGUACCAGCUCACUAUCCCGAAACCUAUGAAAUGAUUGAUACUAGGUUCUUUUUGCAUGGAUUGCAAAUUUUGCUGCUAGACACCGACAAAGAGCACCCUGAAGUUCUAGAUUUGCAAUUUAAUGGGGUGAAAGCUGGCUUCAAAUCUAGACCAUCGGCUAACGCAAUUUUAGUGACAGCUUCGAUAAGUGAUUUGAAGUUGCUUGGGGUCAAACAGAGAGAGCAAGUGCCUUCGCUUUUUAAUUCGGACAAGGAGGUUGGUUCCGAAAACGGAUUGUUUUCCGUAUCGUAUGAGAAGAAUCCUCUCGACAAGUUGUGUGGUGAUAGAAUUAUCGUCAAGUCUAGUUCAGUGCACCUAGUCUACGAUGCUCAGACUAUAAUCGAACUUGUAAAACUAUUUAAAGUACAAAACCCAUCAACCCUGAACCAAUUACAAGCUGUUGCUGCAGAACGUCUCGACAGCUUGAAACAAGCUUCUGCUUUGGGCUUGGAAUACGCGAUACAAAAGCACGCCGCCCUAGACAUUCAGAUUGAUUUGCAAGCGUCGCAGCUAAUUGUACCCUAUGGUGGAUUCUACAACAAAAACGAAUCCUUGAUCGUAAUAAAUCUUGGUAGUUUGAAAGUACACUCGCUGGAAAAACCAAAGAAUGAUGCUGCUCACUUGAGCGUCAAGCAGUUGGUUAGCAUGGGAAAAACUGAGGAAGACAUUUUGACGCACCUACGAGAAUACAGUUAUGACAGAUUUGUUUUGAAAAUUGUUAAUUUUCAAGCCCUUAUUUCGUUGGCGAAUGAAGAUUGGCGAGAUGCACUGACAAACACAGUCAGUCCAAUCAAAGUUUUGCAACCAACGACAUUGGAAGUACAGUUCCACAAAUGUCUUAUUGCUGACGACCCACUCUUACCAAAGACUAGACUUAUGGGUCAUUUACCAUCUGUGGCGAUAAACAUAACUGAAAAACGUUUACUCGAAGGCCUCGCUAUCGUGCAAAGCAUUCCAUUGCCGGAAGACGAUGUACCGGCAGAACUUACACAAGCCUCAUUGUCUAAAUCGGUAUCUCAAAUGUCAUUGUUCAAAGAGUUGACAAAUCUUCCAUCACUAAUAGAAAAAAAACAAGAACAAGUCUCGAGUUCAAUGAAGCAAACGACCGAUUUGGAAGCCAAAUUCGUUAUGAAAGAACUCACUUUGAUGAUAUCCAAGCAAGAAGAGGAAGCCAAAAUCUCUCCUUUCAUUAGAUUCGAGCUACUACAGUUGGAGGCGGAACUAAUGCAAAGAACUUUUAAUCAAGAAGUCAUGCUAAGGCUUGGAGGUGUUCAAGUAAAGCAGCAUCACGACACCGGAGAAAUCUUUAUGAUAAAUACACCAAUGUCCUUGGGAAGUGACGAAUAUCUUAUUGUUAUUCAAUUUAUUAACAUGAAUAAACGGUCACCCGAGUUUGUCAGACAAGGAUCUGUCGUAAACUUGCUGCAGCUUGAAUUUACGACACUCGAUGUUUUACUGCACCAAGAAGCCUUGAUCAAUGUUCUUCAAUUUUUAUCAAAUAUUCAAGACAAUAUUAGUGCUGCCACUACAACAUUGAAAGAAACGAAGAAAGAACAGCAAGUUGACAGAGUUGGCCAUUUAACGACUAUUCAAGAGGACACUUCAAUGUUUAUUAAAGAACAAAUUCAAAAACAAAGGGGAAAAUCUCGUCGAAAAAAAGCUCAAGUAGAGGUCGUGGAUUUAAAAGUCACUGCGAAAUUUGGUACUAUCAGUAUAAAGAUGGCAAACGAUUUCCGAGAUAUUAGUGCCUUUUAUAUCGAAGGCAUCACAGCCGGUUAUAUUAUGAAAGCCUCACACUCGAAAGCUAACGUCCAACUGAGCUCCAUAAAUAUCAAAGAUCUAUAUGCAAUGUCCAUAUACAAGAAUAUCGUGGCAGUUGACGGUUCGGAGUCUCUUCAGAUCGAAGCAAUAAUGAACAAUCUCGAACCAGAUGACUCGGACAAGAACAAUAUGUCGAUCACUAUCACAAUGGGUUGCCAUCGUAUUGUCUUCUUGAAUGCUUUUGUUACAACAGUCAUGAAUUUCCUGAAUAACUUCCAAGCUGCACAAUUAGCCAUAGCUGAAGCGUCAGCAGCAGCUGCCGAGGCAGCCAAGACAAACAUUAAAGACGUGCACGAACGGGCUACCAAGAUCGAGCUAUCCGUAAAACUGAAGGCUCCGGUGAUAUACGUGCCAUUGAAUUCGACAAGUGAGCAUUGCCUAAUGUUAGACAUGGGUAACCUCACAGUUAGCAACGUACUGCGCAAGCUGGAGGUAGAUACCGAGUCAGGCGAGUAUCCUAUAGUUGAUGAAAUGAACAUCGAGUUACAAAACCUUAAGUUGUCCAGGGUACGACUAAACAAGGACAAAUUCACAGUAGAGAAUGAGGUGUUGCUUCUCCAGCCAGUAAGCUUCAUUUUGCAGAUAAAGCGUAACCUGUCGACGGCCUGGUUCCGCGCAAUACCGGAUAUCGAAAUGUCCGGUAGGUUGAAACGCAUUGAUGUGCUGCUUAAUCAGGAAGAUUACGCGAUGAUCAUGUCGACUCUUAGCGAAAAUCUUGGCGAGAGCUUUGAGGAUGGUGCUGCUGUCACAACACAAUCUGUAGCUAAAGUUGACCGGAAGAGUAUUGCUGAGGAGCCUAACAAGACAACGACGUUCAAAGCAGACGUAGAGGUUGUCAAGGAAUCGGCAACAAGUAGUGAUCUUCAAGAGCAACGUACUGUACAAACUACUAUCAAAUUUGAAUUUAUAAUGGAUAGUCUCGUCAUUGAACUCUUCACCGGAGGAUCUAAAAUGCUAAAAACUCAAAACUCUCCUCUACAUUUGCCAGAGAACAGUCUGGCCAAGUUUGGUCUCACCUAUCUAGCGUUGAAAGGGCGGAUGUUCACGGAUGGUCUUCUGGCAACCUCGAUUCUGUUGAUGAACUGUACACUCGAUGACACGAGACACAAUCGACAGGGCUCACUUGUCAGAAUCAUGGAACGAACUACCGAAGUGCCCAAGUUGGAAAACUUGGGACAAGAUGAGGCUGGUGUAAAACCGGUCAGAAGCAUGCUGGAUGUUACAGUCAGGAAAGGACCAAACGAUAUGUUUGCGGACGUUCGCGUAUUCUCCUUUAGUAUAAUAGUCUCUCUAGACUACCUCAUGAAGAUCAAGGAUUUUUUCAACUCUGGACCUCAGCCUACACAACAAUCCACCCUACAAGCUUCACAGAAAACACAGUUAGAACAGGCUGCAAAGAAGAAAGUAGCUCAACCCGCUCCUGCUCAACCGGAUACAAUGAUGACAAUAAAUUUGCAUAUCGAAAAACCAGAUAUUAUUUUGCUGGAGGACAUGGACGACAUCGACUCUAAUUGCAUUGUUUUAAAUACCGAGAUACUACUGAAAGUUCGACUGAUGGGUGACCACCAAGUUAUCAACGGUUCCAUAAAAGAUUUAUCGAUUCUCGCCGGUAUUUAUAAUCCAGCAAAGAGAUCAGACUGGAUCUAUCAGGUGCUGAGACCAACCAGCAUUAGCAUCGCAGGAUCGACUCCUGAGGGCAAGGGUUUACACGUUGAUAUUUGCAGCACGGACAUUCACAUAUCCGUAUCGCCAGGUGUCAUUGAAAUAUUAAAUCGAGUGGUGCAAACAGUAACCAAAAAAGAAGAGGAACAAGAAGUCAAGAAACUUGAACCAAGUCAUGAAGGUCUUUGGAUUAUAACACCUUUUAAGGAGACAGAUUAUUGGUUCUUGAAAACAGAGGUUGGUAUGGAAGCGAGCGAGGAUCUCCAGUUCUCCGAUGACGAAGAAACUCGAGCAGUGGUCUACAAACCCGAGCUCGCAAUGGUGUCGGCACCCACGAUUUUACUGACACUCGAAGCUGGUAUUGGUAACAAAACUCUUCCAAUGCUGCUUUUGCAUCUUGGCUUCCAAAGCAACGUUCACGAUUGGAGCACAAACACGAUGAGCAUUGAAUCGACAAUGUCCUUGGUGAUGGCAUACUACAACAGUAGACUUGCACUGUGGGAGCCUCUAAUCGAGCCAAUGGAGGCAAUGAACAAUGGAAAACGCUCUUCCUCUCCUUGGGAAUUGAAAACUAAGAUUCAAUUCAACGAUAUUUCUGUAGACACGGCGCUAAGUGCACUCAGCCCUGUAUCCGAGAUUGAACCAGACGAGUUCCAUCAAAAGUCAAGAAUGUCCAUCGACAUUACGUCCUCUGAAAAUCUCGAGGUCACUGUAACGAAAACGUGUCUUGAUGUGCUGAAACAACUUGGCAAUGCUUUUUCGAAUGCCAUGGAGGUUGGAAACAAGACAUCGACCAAGAAAGUUGCUCCUUAUAUUCUGAAAAAUGAAACUGGCUUACCUAUGACUUUAGAUUUAGAACACAGUCACUUUAAAUUAGCAGAGGAUGAAAACAGGGUUCACAGCAACGAUACUUGUUACGCGGAGGUGAUACUUGAGUCUGGUGCUUCCAUCCAGUUGGCUUCCAAGAUUAAAACCGAAAUUCACCUUCUGCAACAGUUGAAGGCCGACACAGUGAAAGAUCGAGGCACCAAGUUUGUCAUAUCGUUUAAGGGUAUCGACGGAAAACUGGAGAUUCCGGUACUCAGAGCGGACAAGCGGUUCUUUUCCUUGAAGUAUCGAAAAGAAGGCUCCGAAGAAUGGGGCAUAAUCUCUGACGUCGUUGUCGAGGACGGAAGUACAAUCGUGACACUGCGAAGCGUUCUGCAGGUGCACAACCACUUCUGCGAGCCGGUCUCUGUGUAUUACAUGACAAAACGCGGUAACGAGGUCGAGAAGGUUGGUACAGUCCUUCCUGAUGAGAAAUUGAAUUUGCCGCUCGAUGCGGUCUAUACGACUACGAAUAUCUACUGGCUGUUCUUCAGCAUCGACGGCUAUAUGGUAUCCGUCGAGCCGUUUGUCUGGAAGGAGCUCCAGAAAACUGUUUCCAUGACCAAGCUUCUUAAGUGCGAGACUCGUUCCAAGAUGGACACUAUCGAGCCCUUCUACAUACAGACGCUAUACGCGAUGCUCGUGCUCGUGAGCGUGCUGCUGUGCAGCGAGGCGCUAAGCUCGCUGCUAAGCGUGCUCGAGCGCAUCCUUCGCCGGCGCUGCUGGGCCCUCGGCGAGCCCGCGGCCAGAGCACCGACGGUGCAAACUACCGCGACCUCGGUCCUGCAGGUGGUAGGAGAAAUUGAGCAAGUGUACUUUGAAAACACAUCGCGCCAUACAAUGGCUAGUACGAUUUAUAACGUUCACCUGUAUCCGUCGAUCUACUUCAAGAAUUUCCUGCCCAUCGACAUCAUCAUUUGCCUACCCGGUAAUACCCAAGAACGACGCGUCGAAGCCAGCACUACUUUACAGAUACCCACUGUCGAUCCUAACAACUCCAGUAUCGUAAUCAAGCUACCGCAAUAUUUGGAGAAGGACUGGUCCUGCAGAGUAGAACUAACGUCGAAUCCGGCUGAAUUUUCGGUCUUGUCGUUUGAGUCAUUCGACAGUGCGCAGAAAGUCAUCAUGGACCUAGGCAUACAUUCGUCAUUUAAGCAUGGUUCAAUAAUUAUGGCCCUCUACUGUCCUUUCUGGAUGCUUAACAAGACCGGCCUCAUGCUCUCUUACAGAAAAUCGAGUAAAGGUGGCAAAGAGCAUUCGAGCCCGAUCAAGAGUCUUUCUUGUAUAAGUUCUGGCCAACGACGCGGACGACACGGAAGGAAGAAGGUGCCCUCGAGUACGGAGGAUCACCUGAACGUCCUGUACCAUCCGGAAACAUUCAAGGGCCCGAUUCUGUUCUCCUUCCGGUCGAAGGUGUUCUUCGGAAAGAAGAAGGCGAUGGUGAGAGUUGAAGACGGCGAGUGGUCCGACAAGUUCUCCAUCGAUGUUGCCGGUAGCAAAGGUGUAGUGUCAUGCAAGUACAACGGCAAGAUCUAUCAGAUCGGUGUGCACAAUCAGCUCACGUACAACUCGUUGACAAAGCAAAUAACUUUCGCCCCGUACUACGUGUUGAUCAACAAUGCCGACUUCCUCUUAGAGUGCCAGGAAGCCGAUCGUCCAGCCGAUCCCCUCAUGAAGGUUCCACCAGGUGAGUGUACCGCACUUUGGCCUCAAUCGACGCUCGAAGAUAAGAUGCUCAAGGCCAAAGUGGCUGGACAUCCCGAAAAAACCGCAGCGUUCAUCUAUACCGACGUACACAGUACGCUGCUCAAGCUCGAGAAUAAGUACGGGGGCAUAAACGUCGAUGUGCAGAUCAACGAAGGUGGUGUCUAUAUCUCGCUGUCGGCCUAUGCGCACGGCAAUGCCCCAGCGCUCAUCGUCAAUCAUACGCCCUACUCGAUUCACCUCUGGGAGAAGGGAUCGAUGAAUGUCAGGACGAUCCAAUCGUACAACCGUAUGUUCUACACGUGGGAGAACCCCGCAGGUGCACGAUUGUUAGUCUGGGAAGACGGCAAUAAGAAGGAGAUCGCCGAUAACCUGCGCAAGGACAACCUCGGUGCGUUCGUUAUACCCGACGUUGACCAAGAGGUAUAUUACGUCUCGUUCCUCGACGGUAUACAGCGCGUUUUGCUCUUCACGUCGAAUCUUAAAAUAGCUGAAGACUGCCAGCUAGUUGGAGAUCUUGAGAUUGUUGACCAGGAUAUCACGAUGAGCAUUCAUGGGGUUGGGCUGUCGCUUGUCAAUAAUAUAAACAAAUCGGAGCUGCUGUACUUGUGUAUCGCCAGUUCUGGUAUCAUUUGGGAAACUCGAAAAACUAUGACAAGCAGGUGGCGAGCUUUAAAUAAUCGAGAAGUUGCACUCGUCGAGGAAGGCUACCAGAGGUACCUAAGGGAGCUCCAGGUGGACAAAGAAACGGCAUAUAGAGUCGCUUUGGAACCCAAGUUUGAAGUUGACUACUUGAACUUAGAAAUGCUGCGACCACACAGGCGAUACAUGCGCCGGACCUUCCAAACAGGUCUUUGGGUGCAGUACCGUACUUCAGUGCAUCAGGUGCAGCUGCACGCCAAGAUCAAUCGGCUGCAAAUCGAUAAUCAACUCACGGAUUGCAUCUUCCCCGUCAUUCUCGCUCCGGUUCCACCACCCAAGAGUGUGUCUCAGAGCUCAGUCAUGAAGCCGUUCGCUGAGUUGAGUAUGGUGAAACGCUUGCUUGAGCACAGCAGCGUGCAGCAAUUCCGGUACUUUAAAGUUCUCAUUCAGGAGUUCCACGUAAAAGUGGAUUUGGCGUUUAUUAGUGCUCUGAUGCUACUUUUCGAAUCCGACGAGGCUAAUGAUACGCAAGAAAGUGAACUCUUUAAAACGGAUAUGAAAUUGGUGGACGAACCGCUUAUACAUCACGUGAACCUUAUCACCACGGCUGAGCAAAAGAACUUUUUCGAUUUGCUGCAUUUCUCACCUUUAAAAAUACACAUUAGCUUCUCCAUGACCGGCAGUGGCAGCGGACCUUCCGCGGUCCCGCAAAUUUUGAACGUAUUACUUCAGGGUAUUGGAGUUACAAUAACAGACAUAAACGAUAUUGUGUUCAAACUGGCCUACUUCGAGAGAGAUUAUGUUUUCAUGACGCACAAUCAGCUGGUCUCCGAAGCGACGAGCCAUUACACCGGCCAGGCAAUCAAGCAGCUCUAUGUAUUGGUUCUCGGCUUGGACGUCAUCGGCAAUCCUUACGGCCUUGUGGUUGGUGCCAUGAAAGGCGUGGAGGAUCUGUUCUACGAGCCUUUCCAGGGCGCCAUUCAGGGCCCCGGUGAAUUCGCCGAGGGCUUGCUUCUUGGGGUGCGCAGUAUGCUUGGUCAUACUGUCGGUGGUAUGGCUGGAGCUGUUUCCAAAAUCACGGGUGCUAUGGGUAAGGGUCUUGCCGCGUUGACUUUUGACAAAGACUACCAGCGUAAACGUCAAGAGCAGCUCAACAAGCAGCCUGCGAAUCUGCAGGAAGGACUUGCAAGAAGUGGAAAAGGCCUAGUCAUGGGCGUGGUCGAUGGUAUUUCUGGAGUGGUCAUGAAACCAUAUUCUGGUGCAAAGGAAGAAGGAGUCGAAGGAUUCUUCAAAGGCUUUGGAAAGGGAAUGGUUGGACUCGUCACGAGACCGACGGCAGGAAUUGUGGAUUUUGCUAGUGGCUCUUUCGGCGCAGUUAGAAGAGCUACUGAUAUGAGCGAAGAGGCUAAGCGUGUACGGCCGCCGAGGUUUUUGCAACCUGAUAGCUUAGUCCGACCCUAUAUUCGUGAUGAAGCUGAGGGCAACAAAAUUCUUUGUGAACUCGAAAAAGGAAAAUAUGCAAAUACCGAUAUAUAUUAUUUCCACUUGUACCUUAACAGGGAUGUAUUAUUACUUACGGACAAGAGAAUUGCCUACUUGGAACAUUGUGAUCUGUUUGGAGGUUGGAAGGUUGAUUGGUCUUACACCUGGCAAGAAAUCGAUCCCCCUCCAAUAAUGGUAGACAAAGGUAUUCAAAUUAACAUAAAAACGGCUAGAAAGAAGCUUGGCGGAUUCUUUGGUAACUCGGACGCGACAAAAGUUCUUCUGAUACCAGAUUUGCAAACUAAACAGCUGCUGUGCGGCAAAAUGCAAGAGCAACUUCGACAAUAUGAAGUCUAAAAUUAGUCAAAGAACAAUAAAUUUUACUGCAUUACACAGGGCGAAGCGAAAUAUCGUUUCAUUCAAACGUACUAGCAUCGUAUUUGCUACUGCUGGAGCACAAAAUCUUGUUCAUUCAAGCAAGACUGAUAAGAUGCUUGACGUAGAACGGAAUCAUAGUCGACGAAUUUAGAAAAAGAAUGAAUAAGUAUGUUCUUCCCUACCUCGACUAAUUGUUUAAAGAAUUUAGAAACAAGCAUUGUGAUUCCGAUAAAAUCAUAUUAAAUGGGAGUAGCCUUUUUAUGCAUAAUUUCGAAAAUUCGGCAUUACCGACAGCUUUAAUCAUUUAAUGCCACAGUCAUUGUAUAGUUAUUUUCGAUGCGCGAUUUCUAGCUUGCACGGACUCGUAAUUUACGAUAGUUUGUUGAUUUUGGAGAAUCAUAUACGAACUCAAGCUUAGAGAUUUGCGAAUUAAUAAGAUGUAAAUCAUAAUCUGUAUAAAGUACAUCUUCUGCGAUUUGUAUUUACUUAUACAUAUAUAUAUUUUUUUUUUCAAUUGACGGAAAGCUUGUUAUGCUUUCUUCUAAACGGCUUGAUAUUGAUUUAAAUUGUAUUCUUGUCAAGGGCAAGUAUGUCAAGUGCUGCACAGCUUUAAACUUAUGUGUAUACUAAGAUUAUCACGAGUGUGAACAAUGAAAAACCGCGAAAGCUUAUAAGCUUUGAAAGUUCCUUUUGUAUAAAUGUCCUCUAUGAAGGUGACUACUAUAAAAUUUUUCGCUAACGAUUGUUUUUUCUCUUUCUGUUGCGUCAUGUGAAUCAAGAUAAGGCGUCAUCUAUCUAUGCGAUUAUGCAUUUUUGAUAUUCUUUUUGCUGUUUUAUAAGAAUUUACGAUACAGUAGAGAGCGUUUUAUAUCCGCUGGAAAUAAUUUAUUUGACGAUCGCAAAUCGAAGCAUUGUUUAAAUAUAUAUAUAAUGAAAGAUUUAACAAUGAACGUUGAACGAUGAUUUUUUUAGCUACGACGAAGCGAUCGAAGAUUAAUGUCAUUGUGAGACUAUAUAUUUUUCAUCCAAGUGUCUCAUCUUGUAGAUUUUACAAAUAAAUAGACACGUUGAUGAUUA